GGCAUUAUCACUCCGCAUAACAUCCCAAUGCCAAAGCAUCUCUUUGAUCCAGACCCAGAGCCUUCGAACAUUGCAUCAUCCAGCCACUCUUACGAAUCUACAUCGUCAGGGGGGGGUACAGGUCACCGACAACCUGGAAGCAGCUCACGUACUGGUAGCACAACUGCUGCGGCCGUGACUGCUAGCGGUAAGCAAGUGUCCUCAACGGCCGCACAGCAAACAUCUGGGACUGCCGUUUCAGGCCGGCUCGGAACGACCGGGGCAGCUGCUGGUGACUCUGAUAAGGCGGCUGUUGCCUCGUCAGCAACUACGACCUCAAGUACCGUAGCUAGUACGACAGAAAAGGAGUCAGAUCGAGUCAAAAAAUCAAGACAGGCUUAA